AAGUUAUCAUCAUUUUAAUAACGAUUGUAUUGAUUGUAUAUUAUAAAAACCAUCAAUUAAUAUUCAAAACAAAUCAAUAUCCUAAACAUGCCGUUCAUCAAGUUGCAGUCUUCCGAUGAUGAAAUUUUUGUAACCGACAUACAAGUCGCCACGUGUUCGGGCACAAUAAAGUCCAUGCUGGAGAGUUGUGUCGCAGAAGAUGAGGCUGUGCCAUUGCCAAAUGUGAAUUCAGCUAUUUUGCGUAAAGUUCUCGAAUGGGCGGAGUAUCACAAAUCUGAUUUGAAGCAAUCAACCAAUGAGGAUGAUGAUGACACUCGCACCGAUGAUAUAACACCAUGGGAUCAGAAAUUUCUUCAAGUCGAUCAGGGCACACUCUUCGAAUUGACAAUGGCUGCCAACUAUUUGAAUAUUCAAGGAUUGCUCAAAGUAGCCUGCAAAACUGUGGCCAAUAUGAUCAAGGGCAAGACCCCAGAGGAUAUACGUCAGACCUUUAAUAUCAAAAACGAUUUCACUCUUGCCGAAGAGGAGUUGGUUCGCAUGGAGAACGAAUGGCAUGAGGAAAACUAAAGUUAAACGUCAUUAAAAUAAACUUUCAAUUAUAGUAGACUAAUGCACAAAUUGAAUAAAUUAUAUAUUAUAUGUUAAAUUUAAA